AGAGACCUCUGGCAGUCUUCCUGGCAACAGAGUGCGAUUCUUGCGAUUAACCUCCGUGGUCUGAUUCGAGUACGGAAUACGUGAACAGAAGCAAGCGGCAACAACAUUUUAUUCGAGCCAUUUUUGGGUCUUCCUUCUAAAGUAAACGAGUUGGGUCAACCAGGAAAUCACUACUGAAGCACACACCAAGUAUGACCCCUGUUUCAUCUAAGCAGUAUGCAGAUGAUGUAAGCCUGCUAAUGGUGUUAAUCGACACGAAUCCAUUGUUCUGGAGCUCAACCACUACUUCUUUCUCAUUCUCCAAGUUCCUAUCUCAAGUCCUAUCAUUCUUGAAUUCGAUUCUUCUACUAAAUCAACUGAAUCAAGUAGUGGUGAUAGCUACGGGGUUCAAUUCAUGUGAUUACAUUUACGAUUCUUCGUUGGGGCACACCAACCAGAGAGCUGAGACAUUGUUGCAGAAGUUGGAGGAGUUUGUGAUUAAGGAUGAGGCGCUUAAUAAGGAAGACUCGGUUGAUGGGAUUGGAUCUUCCUUGCUUUCGGGAUCUCUUUCAAUGGCACUCUGUUACAUACAGCGAGUGUUCCGUUCUGGAUCGCUUCAUCCGCAACCUCGGAUUUUGUGUUUGCAUGGAUCACAAGAUGGACCUGGACAAUAUGUUGCCAUCAUGAAUUCAAUUUUCUCUGCUCAGAGAUCAAUGGUACCUAUAGAUUCUUGUGUUAUUGGUUCACAACAUUCUGCUUUCCUACAACAGGCUUCUUAUAUAACUGGAGGUGUAUAUCUUAAGCCGCAACAGCUGGAUGCAAUGUUCCAGUACCUAACAACGGUAUUUGCAACAGACUUGCAUUCUCGCAGUUUCUUACAACUCCCUAAGCCUGUUGGUGUAGAUUUUCGUGCUUCGUGUUUUUGUCACAAAAACACAAUUGACAUGGGCUACAUUUGCUCUGUCUGUCUGUCUAUUUUCUGUAAGCAUCACAAGAAAUGUUCAACUUGUGGAUCCGCAUUUGGUCAGCCCCAAAUAAAUGUCUCGGAGUCGAAUCAGAAGAGAAAAGCUCCUGAUAAUUGAAUGAUAUUAUUGUAUGGUUUGAUUUUUAUGAUAUGAUGCAGAAAUGUAGCAAAGCUUGUGAUUGUAUUUGCUUUUGUUGAAAAUUUGCAAUUUCUAAGAACAUACAUGUGUUUUGGAACCAUUCAAAGCAGAGCAUACAAACAUCUUAAAUUGUUGGAGAGAUGAAGGGAUUUGUUUUUUGGCU